GACAAAGCAAGCAACCAAACCAACAAACCGAGCUCUGAUCAAUGAUUCCCCCGUCAGAUUGCAACCUCCAUCCGUUAAAUCCCACCCACAUCAUAUCGCUUCUUCACCAAAACACCCGUGGCUUUGCUUGCUGGUGCUGCAUAUAUACAACUGCAAGUGCACACUUUGCUUUGGCAAUUUGUCACAGCAGUGGUGGUGGGAGUGGUAGCCAGUAGCAUCGCUUCUUCCUCACUCUCACUAUCCACUUAGCUCAGCUAGCUUCGCUUCGCUUCCCCUCCCCGCUUCGUUCCGCAUUCCGCCGUGCGCUCGCCACCGCUGACCGGAGUCCAAGAACGGUGGCAGCUGCUGCGGUAAUGCAGCCGUUGCCGCCGAGCCCGGCGGCCGGCGGAUGGGCGGGGGUCGCCGGGGUGGGGCCCACCACCGUCGACGAGGCCUCCAUGGAGCGGAGCAAGAGCUUCGUCAGGGCCCUGCAGGAGCUCAAGAACCUGCGGCCGCAGCUCUACUCCGCCUCCGAGUACUGCGAGAAGUCCUACCUCCACAGCGAGCAGAAGCAGAUGGUCCUGGAAAACCUGAAAGAUUAUGCUGUGCGGGCUGUCGUCAAUGCUGUGGAUCACCUUGGUACUGUUGCAUACAAAUUAACAGACCUAUUUGAGCAGCAAGCUUCUGAGGUCUCUACUGUUGAGCUGAAGGUUGCACGCUUAAACCAGCAAAUCCUCACCUGCCAAAUCUUCACCGACAGAGCAGGCCUCAGGCAGCAGCAAAUUGGUGGAACAACCUUAAAGCAUCAUAAGCAUUAUAUCCUACCAUCUACCAGCCAUAAAAGAACUCAGGUAGCACACCUGCAAAAAGACAAUGGUCAAGAUUCAAUGCCUAAACCUUAUCCUUCAGCAAAGACCCUUUCAUGGCAUCUGGCUUCAGAGAACAGCAUUUCGACGCCUGGAGCACAGAAAUAUACAUUUACGCUAGGGGAUACUAUAUCGUCUAAACCUGCAUCAAAUAGUUCCUUGUACCUUCUAGGCAAGGACAUACCUGCUUCUCCCAUGCACAAGCCUCUUCAACUGAAUGGGAACACAAGUUUUGAUGCUAAGAAAAAUAUUGGUGCAAAGGACCAACCUAGUUUCAAGUAUAUCUCGACAUUUAAUUCUUUGGACAAACCGAGAGGGCGUGAAAUCCAAAAAGUUCCAGGUGGCACUAAAAGCAUGCUAGCUACCCUCUUUAUCAAGCACAAGUCAGCAAAGAUGAGAAAGAGUUCAGUUCGAUGAUUAAAUCCCGUUUGUGUGAAGCGAUAUCACUGUAAAGUUCAAUCAAGAGGCUCAUUGUACAUGUGGUUUUCGCUAGUGGUUUAGAGCUGAAUGUCAGGUGUCAAUUUUUCAGGUCAGAAUUUGUGAUGUCACUCCUGCUGCUGAACGAAAUGUAAUAAUUCUGCAUCAGCGUCCGAUUAAUUCCAUAUUGUUGCUGUGCUAUUCUGCUUCUAAGAAGCCUCGGCUUUCAGCAGACAAUAAAAUACGUCUU